AUGUCGCUCGCCAAAGUCAAGCACAUCGUUUUGGUGCUCUCCGGAAAAGGCGGAGUCGGCAAGUCAUCCGUCACCACCCAACUCGCGCUCUCCCUCUCCCUCGCCGGCCACUCCGUCGGCGUCCUCGAUGUCGACCUCACAGGCCCCUCCAUCCCGCGCAUGUUCGGAAUCGAGGAUGCAAAAGUCACCCAAGCCCCCGGCGGCUGGCUGCCCAUCACAGUCCACGAAGCCGACACAGAAACAGGGAUCGGCGCGUUACGGGUCAUGAGCCUCGGGUUCCUCCUCCCGCGACGAGGCGACGCCGUGGUAUGGCGCGGGCCGAAGAAGACGGCCAUGGUCCGCCAGUUUCUGUCCGACGUCUUCUGGGAUGAUCUCGACUACCUCCUGAUCGACACGCCGCCGGGCACAAGCGACGAACACAUUUCGCUCGCUGAGACGCUCCUGCAAAAGGCGCGGCCUGAACAGCUUGCCGGUGCUGUGGUCGUGACGACGCCGCAGGCUGUGGCUACGGCGGAUGUGAGGAAGGAACUUAAUUUUUGCACCAAGACCGGGAUACGGGUGCUGGGGAUUGUUGAGAACAUGAGUGGGUUUGUCUGCCCAAACUGCAGCGAGUGCACCAACAUCUUCAGCAGUGGAGGGGGCCGGGUCAUGGCGGAGGACUUUAAGGUUAAAUUUUUGGGCAACGUGCCCAUUGAUCCUCAGUUUCUGGUCCUUAUCGAAACAGGGAGAAGCCCAAGAUACCCCGAAGGGACCUCGGUCAAUGGCCAAGAUAUUUCGUCAAACGGCCACGAGCCCGCUGAGGGCGACGAGACACGCGACUCUGCGCUUCUAGUCCAGAAGUACAAGAGCUGCUCCUUGGCUCCAGUAUUUAAAAACAUAACGGAGGAUGUUCUCAAAGGAAUAGAGGAGAUAGCAAUGGCUCACCUCGAGACCCCCGUCUCCAACCUUUCUACAACCCCCGGCAGCCUCCAGCUUACCAUCAACCAUGAUGUGGCUGCAGACCUGGACUCGAGCAACGCCUUCGAAGGCCCGGAAAAGCUCCUCGAGGUUUGGUUUGCGCCAAGCCCAAGCACUCUGCCGGCUACUGCUCAGGAGAAUGGCCUGAAGGCGGUUACGCCCUCGACUUGGGAGACUAUGCUUGACAUGGUCAACUGCAAGGUGCUGUCGAUCGUCAAGUCCGACCACGUCGACGCCUACCUCCUCUCCGAGUCCAGCAUGUUCGUCUUCCCGCACAAAAUUAUCCUCAAGACGUGCGGCACCACUACCCUACUGCUCGGUCUGCGACGUAUGUUGCGCAUCGCAGCCGUCGAUGCCGGUUUCCCGUUCCACAACGCCGCAUCUCUCGAAGACAUCCACGUGGCCGCCACACCACACCGGGUCUUCUACAGCCGCAAGAACUUCCUCUUUCCAGACCGCCAGCAGGGACCUCACACCAGCUGGAAGGAAGAAGUCAAAUUCCUUGACGAAACCUUCGAGAAUGGGAGUGCCUACAUGGUCGGGCGGAUGAACGCGGACCACUGGUACUUGUACAUGACGAACCCCACCAGUGCAGCCCUAACACCGCCCCCGACGCCUGGUUCGAACAACGGGAGCAGUCCUACCGGCAUGAAGAGGAUCCCUACUGGCAGAGUAUCUCAUGUCAGCGAACCUGGCGAUGGACCUGCCGACGAAACGCUCGAGGUCCUAAUGAUGGAUCUCGACCCGGAGCUGGCGAAACAAUUCUACAUUGAACAAGCGACCGCGGCCGCGAACGAGCGGGUCCCAGCCCAAGCAGAGGAAGCCCGCCACGCUGCUCAGGAGUGUGUCGGUGAUAUCGAUGCGACAGUGGAUGUCUUCGAGAACAUCGCCGAGUCCGAUAUCCAGAAGGGUCCAGUGGCCGAGGGUAAAGCGGAUACCAUUGAAGCCACCACGGAAGGUCACGCCCUGGGAACCGUCGUCUCCGAAACCUGCGGUCUCGCCGGGAUCUACCCAACCUCCGUCUACCCCGACGCCCGCAUAGAUGCCUACCUCUUUCCCCCCUGUGGCUACUCCGCCAACGGUGUCGUCCCAGCCCCCGUAGCCACCACCCCCGCCAAUGCUCCCGACGAGACCGCCACCAAACUAGCCCACUACUGGACGGUCCACAUCACGCCCGAGCCCAUCUGCUCCUACGCCUCGUUCGAAACCAACGUCCCAAGCGGACAGAAUGGCCGCCAGACGUCUGACACUAUCGAGCACGUGGUCAAUAUCCUCAAGCCUGGCCGAUUCACAGUGACAUUUUUCGAGACGAAGAAUAAGACGGCGGACGAUGAGGACGGCGUGGCGCAGGUUGCGAACGGAGUUGGUGUGGACAAGACGAUGGAUCGGAUUAAUGGGUACCGAAGGAUGGACCGGAUCAUUCAUGAGUUUGAGGACUAUUAUUUGGUGUUUCGGUACUUUGAGCGUGAGGGGUGGGCGGGGAGCAAGCAAGCGCGCGUUGGGGAGGACUUUUAA